AUGAUGAAAAUUGAAGCGGAGAGUUCUCUUCAAACGUCUACAGAUUUUAUUGCUGAGAAUGCGAGUGAAAAACAGGGUCCAGCAAACUCAUCUGUAUGGCCAGAAUCUUGGGACUGCAAAUUUCUAAAAUAUCCUCAUGGAGCUAAGAACAGUUGGCAACAGAAGAAUAGAAGUAGUAAAUUAAUGGAAACGUCCGAACAUUCUCCAAAUGCAACAAAUAGUCAUUCAAAGCAAACGAAACAGGAAAUGAUUUCUAUUACUCGUAAGUUACCAAUACACAGUAUCAGGGAAGAAAUGAAAAAUAUUCUAUGCAACGAGGCGAGGGUAUUACUUAUCAUUGCUGAGACCGGUUGUGGUAAAAGUACUUGCAUCCCGCAGUUUUUGGCACUAGAUGAUAUAGUUGCCUCUUCUCAUCAAAUUCUUUGCACGCAGCCACGCAAGACUGCUUUAUGUGAAGUAGCUAAAAGCGUAGCGGAAUAUUUAACCAAUUGCUGUUCCGUUAACACUUAUAAUGACAGACUCAGUGGCAAAACAAAUGGAAAAAUUAUUUUUGCAACAGAAAAAAAUUUGUUAGACAUUGUGCAGUUGGAUGAUACUCUAUCGUCAUUUGGUUGUGUUAUGAUUGAUGAGGUACACGAAAGAACUAUGAGUACCGACAUGUGUUUGGGAAUGAUGAAAAAAGUGCUUAGAUUGCGGCUUGAUAUGAAAUUAGUUAUCUGCUCUGCCACGAUGGAUGCAGAUCCUUUAUUGAAUUAUUUUUCUGAAUUUCAAGCAAGAAAACUAGAAGUUUCAGGGCGUCGUUUCCCUAUACAGAUUCUUUAUGAACCGCCAUCUCCAAGUGAAUCUCUAAGGAUUUCUUGCUUAAUGCGAGAUUAUGUCGGCCGAACAGUGCAAAAAGUAAUUGAUAUCUGUGAUGCGGAAGCAAAAAAGCAACCAUUUCAAAAUGUCGGAAACGUUUCUGAGAUGCAUGCUGGUCAUAUAUUGGCUUUUUUACCAACUCCAUUCGAACUACUGAUGGCUGAGGAGCGUUUAUAUCGAGAAUUAAAAGAGCGUAAGCAUCCUGUACGGGUGAAGAUUUUAAAUUUAUAUGGUCAUAUGUCAACCGAAGAUAGAGCAGAGGUUUUUGCACGUUUGGAACCAGAAUAUCAUCACAUGGUUAUAUUCACGACGAAUGUUGGUGAAACUGCUAUUACAGUUUCUGGGGCUCGAUAUGUUGUCGACUGUGGUUUGGCUAAAGUCAAAAAAUAUAAUUCCGUUCGACGGACAAACACGCUAGAAAUAGGUUUAAUAUCAAGAUCUGCAGCGAUGCAGCGAGCUGGAAGAGUUGGGAGAACAGGACCUGGUAUUUGUUAUCGUCUUUACUCGGAGAUGCUGUACGAAAGUAUGGAACCAGCAAAACCAUCUGAGAUAUUGCAAACAAAUCUUGCUGAAGUGGUGUUGUACAUGGUAGCAACUGGCAUCGAAAAUCCGGCUGGUUUCGAUUUUUUGGAUAAACCAGAGGAAUAUAGACUUUUGCAAGCUGAAAUUCUUUUGAGAUCGCUGAAAGCGCUAACCACUGUUGAGCAAAAACCUGUUUUAACGGAAACUGGUGUGGAAAUGAGGCUUUUGCCGAUCGAACCUCGACUAGCGAAAAUGGUUCUUGACUCCGUUUAUUAUGAUUUGGUGGCUGAAGCUGCUGUUGUCUGUGCAGGCAUACAUGUUGGCUCGCCUUUUCGUCGUAGAAGAAAUGAUAAAUUUUUGUUCAUGGAUCAAAAGAAGCUAUCAUUUUGUCAAGAGAGCGGUGAUCCAAUGACGCUUUUGACGGUAUUCGAGCAAUAUUUGAAAACGCCAAAAAGUCAGCGUAAAAACUGGUGUUUUCAGAAUUACAUAGAUUUGAAAAGUAUGAAGUCUGUAGUAGACAUGGCUUGCAAGAUUUGCAGGAUUAUUUCAGGUCUUAAGAGUGUUCAAGCGAACAUAAGUACGCUCGAUUUAUCGAAAGCGCGAGCACAUAUACCUUACCUUUUUUGUCAGUCUUUCGGGAAUAAUUUGGCUUGUUACUCAGGUUUACCCCACUGUGGAUAUUAUGAUGUCGGUGAACCUAAUAAAUGUGUUUUUAUUCAUCCGUCGUCAGCUUUAUCAUAUAGUGAUGUAAUACCGGAAUUUAUUGUAUAUGAAUGUUCAGUACAGUCGUCAAAAGAUUUUGUCACAAAUGUCUGUGCGGCUGAUCCCUCAUGGCUUGACAAUUUAGAUCAGAAUGUGCUAGCUCAGGAAAGAAAAAGAAAGUUAGUACCUUACAAUGUUACCUGUGGAACUGAAAUUAAGAAAUGGUUAAUGACACAAAUCGAUCGCUUUCAGCAAGAGUUUGGUUCGAAAUGUUUCGUUUAUAAACGCGAAAAAAAUUCAUUCUACCAACUCCAGAUUUAUGUCUCCGCUAAUGAUCUUCCAAAAUUGGAAGCAUUCGUUAACAAAUUUCUUCAAGCAAAGAUAGAUGAGAAGUGCAAAAAAACUAUGGAAUUACCGGUUGUGGAUGCAGAUUAUUUGUUGCACAUUGCUGGAGACGGUACGCCUCUAGAAAUCCUAAUGCCAGGUGAAUUCUGUAGCAUGUUUGUUGGGAAUGAAGGCAUCGAUUGGGCAAAGAGUGAUUUAUUUAGAGAUAAACUGAAGAACUAUUUCAGCCAGUUUGGUAAAAUUACCGAUUUUACAACAUUCGGAGAAGAGCUUCAAAAAAAAUUUGGUCACUCAUGUCUAAUUCGAAUGGAAAAUAAGACUGCAGCUUUGAAUGCAUUUGUAUAUAAUAAUGAAAAAGAAUGUGGAUUAAAUAUUGAGCCUCGCUUUGGAACAAAAUACCUGGGUGUCGUUAAUCGCCAUCCAUGUGCUUAUCGAUUGCUCAUAGGAUGGUGGCGCAGACCUAGUUUACGCAUUGGACACAUUAAGUUAAAAUGUCGAAAUUUCGUUGAAAGAAUGUCCGCAUUUGAAGCUAUUGCAAGGCACCUACAUUUCUUUCUGCCGUCAAUGCUGCCUGAAAAUAUAAUGGAAAGAGAUCGAAAUGUAGCUAUCGAAGACUUGUUUAAAAUUAAACUCAAAAAUCUUCCUUUGAAUAUGGAUAAUCGUGAAUUACAUCGCAUUGUAAAACCAAUACUUGACGCGCAUGGGAUUGAAUUCGACGGUCUGUAUAUACUUCGCAAGAAGACCUAUCCUAUUGAAACUGAGGAAAUGAUGGAACAGUUAUCUCAAAAAAUAACUGAUUACAUCAUUAAAGUAGCUAGAGACGAGAAUGUAGUGAAAAUACCUCUUUUCGACUAUAAUGAACGUAAAGAACGGAAAUAUAAUGGUUAUCCAUUCGACGUGAAAAUAAUUUCUCCAAAAUAUGAUAGUGACCAGAAAUUUGUAGCGCAUGUUAUCUUCUAUGAUAUGAAUAUAGGAAAGCGAAUUAGCGAUGCGCUGAGGAAAGCAGCAGGAAAUGGGAUCGUUUUGGAAAUGGGACCAGAAAAUCAAACGCAUCCAGCACGUUUUAAUUUUUUGCUUCAGCUUUUUAGUAAUAUCGUUAAGGCAAAUUAUGGUUUGAAUAAUUGCAGUUAUAUUCUGAAGAUUUUGGUGGAGAUGCAACCGAUGUAUCAAUACCAAGUAAAGAUCUGGAAACCUAUCUUUGAAGCGGUUUUCAGUGACUUGAAAAAAAUCUACAACAAAAUUAAUGCCGAAAAUAUCUAUUUUGACUAUCGAACAAAUAAUCAGAACUAUCGACUCCUAAUUGCGGGGAAGAAUUUCAAUGCUGUGAAUGAGUUAAAGGCUUCGGUUGAGGAAGUUAUAAAUGGUUUUACGCUGCUUUGUCGAAAUAACGAAGAAAUCAAUGGCAUGAAGUUACCCUGUCAUCGAUUACUAACAAAAGUUGGUCGAGGGUUCCUACAGGACUUGUCAGAGCAGCUGGGGGUAUUAAUCUGUGUUUCAUCACAUAAAACGGAAGUUAAAAUUCGAGGAAGUGUUGCGAAUGUUUUUAAAGCGAAAUUAGAAGUCGCACGCUUCCUACGUGAAUGGUCAGAUGCAGACAUCAAUCAGUUGUUGAUUCUGCAGCCACCAAAUUACAAAGCAGGCACUAUGAAAGCAUUAUUAGCUCAAAACGAUUAUGACAUUCUUUCAUUAGAAAAGCAGCUAGGUCAUGGCGCACAUUUAGAUGCUAACAUAUCUAGGCGCGAAUUGUUUUUCGCUGGAAAGGAAACAGAAUAUCGACAUCUCUUGGAUUUAUUACGGGCUAUAUCUGACAGUCUUCCGCUAAAAGAUUCUGACAUCAAGGAGAACGAAAGACCCGAAUGUGCUAUCUGCCUCACUGCUGUUGAAUUGAAAAAUUACAGUUUACAGGCAUGUGGGCAUUAUGCUUGCAAGUCAUGUCUAGACCUUCAACUUAAAACGGCAUUUGAAACACGUGGUUUUCCCAUUGUUUGUGUAGCUUGCCAAAAACCUUUUACUUGGUCAGAUUUGGAAUUUCUUCUAUUUGAAAGUUCUGAUCGUGAUAAGAAUCAAGUAAAGCAAUUGCAAUCAUUGGCUGAUGCAUCUAUUGCUUACUUUAUUCAACGGAAUGGCAAUCUUUAUAUGCACUGCAGGACACCGGAUUGUCGAGGACUCCAUCCAGUCACAAAAGGAGCUUCACUAAGUCGUUGUAAGUUGUGUGACCAUCUACAGUGCACUAAAUGUGGGAGAGAAGAUCAUGAAUCAAUGACAUGUGAGGGUUAUGCUAAAUGUCGGACGAAUGCAGAUGAAUCACUUAAGAAGUGGUUACAGGAUGAUCAAAAUCAGCGACGGAUCUGUCCAAAUCCAGGAUGUCGAAGCGGGAUCGAGAAAUUUGGAGGUUGUAAUCAUAUGCAGUGCGCACAUUGCAAAAUACAUUUUUGUUGGAUUUGUAUGUUUUCGGCUGAUGAAAGCAGUACAAUUUACUCUCAUAUGAGUGCAGAACAUGGCGGAUCAGGAGCUGAUAUUAACGAACUGAUUGCAGAAAUACAGAAUGAUCCGUUAAAUGCUGGAUUUUUCGAUAGAGAUGAAAUGGAACGUUUGUUGAAUCCCGGAAACCGUUUCGAGGCAGAGGAGGAAGCACUUUGGUUGAUGCCUGGGGUAAUGGAGAAUGAAGUUCCGCGCUUUCUUCCUCACUUUCAAUUUAUAGGAUUAAGAAAUGUAUUUAACGAUGGUUUUGAAUUUCGCAAUGAUCAUUUCCCUAUGGAUGAUAAUGCUAAUUUCAUAUGA